AUGAAUUCUUCACUAAACAGAAAACUGGUCGUAUUUGGGGGGAAUGGUUUUUUGGGUAAAAGAAUAUGUCAGAUAGCUCUACAAUCAGGAAUCUUUCAAUCUGUCACCGCAUUGUCUCGUUCAGGCAAACCACCUCUUCCAAUUAAUUAUAAUAAAGAAGAAUAUCCAUAUAAUUGGAUGAAAGAGGUUAAAUGGGAGACAGCUGAUAUAUUCGAUCCUACCACUUAUAAGCACCGCUUAAGUGAGGCCACGGAUGUUGUAGAUACUAUCGGCAUCCUCUUAGAAAAUUCAUCAUAUAAAUCGAUUGUUAAUGAGGUUUCUAAAGGUUCAGGUAAUACAUCAGACUUUACUUAUAAAAGAAUGAACACUGAAAGCGCAGUGAUAUUAGGAAAAACUUUUCAAGAAGUGCUGCAAGAUAAAAGUUCAGAUGUUGUAAAAGAUCAGCCGUGUUUGCCUACCUUAACAUAUAUAUCUGCAGAUGAUUGGUGUCCAUUGAUCCCAAGUGGUUACAUCAAAUCAAAACGUGAAGCAGAAUGGCAGUUGAGUCAUAUUAAACCUAAAUUGUUUAGAUCUAUUUUUGUAAGACCAGGAAUCAUGUUUGAUGAAAAUGUAAAGAAUUCAUGUAGUAUUAGAGAUGGAAUUUCUGAUAUCUUAAGUGUAUUGAAUUAUAGCAAUCAAUUUUUUUUUCCAAAAAAAAUAUGA